UUUUGGGAAGAUUGGAUUAGUUUUUUAGAAAAGAACCAAAAUUUUAAUUUGUCUCUGAAGUGUCCAAAAAAAGUAGUGUGUCAUUUAAUACCAAAGAAUAUCAGCAUUUUCUAAUUUUUAUACCAUGGAACAUAGUAAAGCGUCAGAAUUUGCUACUCGUUUCUAACAUCAAUUUAUUUUUGUAGGUGGCCAUAAUUGGAGUAUUUCGGACAGCAUUCUGGCUGCAGCCCAAAACUCAAAGUUUUGAAACUGGUUGUGUACAAUAUUGUCAUGCCCAAAAAUGUAUGCGGGGCUCAAAUCAUCAAUCCGUCUUUAUUUCUUUAUUGCGUUUAACUCUUACCCAUGGAAGGCACAUUUGGUUUCAUUGAAAAGAGAAUAAUUGGAAACGGUUCAUUUCUUGCCUAUAAGACAUAUAACAAGUCCCAUGGAAAAUUAGUUCAACAGCAUUACAGAAGAGAGUUAUGGGCUUUAAAACAUCUCAAUAUUACCAGCAAGGAUUCGUCUGUUAAAAAUCACGUUGUUCACCUAAUAGAUAACCAAGAGACGAGUACCUGUUAUCACUUAAUAUUUCCGUUCUAUAAUUCAACAUUGCUUGCACAUGCCACAAAGAAGGACCGGGCACUAGCUCUAGAUUUUGUCAAACAGAUAUCAAAAGGCCUUGCUUAUUUACACUCACAUAAUAUUAUCCAUUGUGAUCUAAGCCCCAGUAAUAUUCUCAUAGAUGAGCUCUCUGGGUGUAUGGUUAUUUGUGACUUUGGAUGUGCUCACCCAAACUCCAACAGUUUGACAGAUACAACUGAAGAAAUCGGCACAAGAUACUACAAAGCACCGGAACACUUAUUUGGUUCCAAAAAAUAUGCUUCUUCCACCGACGUAUGGUCUUUAGGAUCAAUUUAUGCAGAAUUAUUAUUUGGAUACCCCAUCUUUGCAGGUGAGACGGAUAUAGAACAGGUUGGCAGAAUAAUUGGUAGAUUAGGAAAGCCAUCAGAUAAAGUCGAAACAGAGGAAAUGUCGGACUAUCCUGACACAAACAAACUUAUGUUCUUUUCAUGUGCUUCUUCGGAUGAUGAGUCUGAUUUCGAUUUCGAGUCGGACGAUGAGGAAAUGAUAUUGGUAAAAGCUAACAGAAAGUCCUUAAAGCAACUGAUGCAAGAAGAAAAUCUUUCUGAAACAGAGCAAAAUCUAGUUGUAAGGAUACUGACCUGGUCAAUAAAGGAAAGAAUGAGCCUACCUGAGAUAACCUUACUUACCCAGCAAUAAAAAUGGUAUAUUGCAUGUGCAUUUAGUAACCAUCAUUAUGGCAAUUAUUAUUUCCAAUAAUA